CACCACGAAAUACUGAGCGGCAACAUCCUGACGCAUUAUCACAUCUCCUGCUCGUCCAAUGUAGAGAUUGGCACAAACUUCGUGCUCUGGUGAAGACUCUUCAUUGGGUCAUCAUCCAGGGUACGUCUUGGUUUCUUCCCAGCGCCUAGAGCUUGGUGUCUUGGUUUGGAACAUUUUUUCUCUUGGUUGGAAUAUUCCUCCAGCAUUGACACGCGAUCAUUGAGCACACGUGUUGGGCUGCUCUGACAGAACAUCAAUAACAUCUUGAUAUUGGCAGCUUAAGGACAAGACUGCCAAUGGUUUGACCCACAGAAUGUAGGUAGGCGACGAUGAGUUGUUUUUGCAAGACUAUGUUGAGGACCAUUGACCUUAUUCUCCAUAUAAAUGCUUCGUGCAAGACAUAUCUCCAUCAUGCCGCCCGCUGUGACCGCCAAAUACGACUGGAUCCUCGCCAUCACGACUAUCGCCUUCGUGUUCAGCGCCUUCGGCAAUGGAGCCAACGAUGUCGCAAACUCGUACGCCACAUCCGUCGCUGCUCAAACUUUGACUAUGCCACAAGUUGGUGUUCUGGCAACCAUAACGGAGUUCGUGGGAGCUGUCGGCCUAGGAGCUAGAGUCACUUCCACCAUCAAGAACGGAAUCAUCUCGAUUGAUCGCUUUGAGGGCAAUCCUGGAGCUCUCAUGCUCGCCAUGGGUUGCGCGGAAGUUGGAAGCGCUUCAUGGCUAAUGCUCGCCACUGGACUUGGUAUGCCGGUGUCCACAACUCAGACCGUAGUUGGAGCCCUGAUUGGUGUUGGAUUCGCAAGCGGAAGUCCUGUCAAAUGGGCUUGGGAGUCGGGCAGUGUAUCUCAGGUCGCUGCCUCAUGGGCUAUUGCUCCUUUGAUCGCAGCUGGCUUCUCUGCUAUCAUCUUCGGGUCGGUCAAGUACAGCGUUUUGGAACGCAAAGAUUCCUUCAAAUGGGCCAUGCGACUGAUCCCUUAUUAUCUGGCAUUGACUGCUGCAAUUCUGGCUCUCUUUAUUGUCGUCGAGACUCCUACUGCACCUUCUCUGGAAGAAUUUGGUGCUGGCAAGGCAGUCGGAAUCAUUCUCGGCGUUUUCUUCGGCGUCCUGGCCAUUUCGUACAUCUUUUUUAUACCAUACUUCAAGAGACGAUUGGUUGUAAAGGACGCGCGUGUCAAGGUGUGGCAUAUUCCCCUCGGCCCUCUCCUUCUGAGGGACAAUCCACCACUUUACUUCCCUGGCAACCCUGAUGGCCAGUACAUUGGAGAAUAUCAAGCCGAGGGGAAAUCAUUUAACGACUCACCGGAAGCUAGUCCAGAUGUCAGAGGAAACAGUCCAGCAUCGCUCAUGGAGCAAAAUUCAGAGAAAGUCGCACCUAUUCUCGGAGACUCAUCGUCAGUCGAAAAGGGCCCGCAACAACCUUCAGGGAUGCGGAGGCGCCAUAUUGGUCCACAUGAGCGCUUCUUGGAGCCAAACAAGGACCUAUCCAUCGCGCAUCCUCAGCGCCUCUGGGGUUAUGUCAAGUUUGUACUGCUCCAAGGUGUUACGCGCGAUGUCAUUACUCACGACACUGCUGCUAUGCGUGCGAUUCACGCACGUGCGAACAAAUACGAUCCAAGAGUGGAGCAUCUCUGGACAUAUUGCCAGGUAGCUUCGGCCAUGAUGAUGUCGAUUGCCCACGGAAGUAACGAUGUGGCCAAUGCGGUCGGUCCAUGGGCUGCUGUGUACCAGACAUACCAAGCAGGAGAGAUCGCGACAACAUCUCCGACACCAGUCUGGUUCUUAGUGGUCGCCGGUUUCCUCCUGGGUGCCGGUUUCUGGUUCUAUGGAUAUAAAAUCAUGAGAGCCAUGGGAAACAAAAUCACCCAAAUGUCACCGAGUCGUGGAUUUGCUGUUGAGUUGGGCGCAGCAGUGACGGUCUUGUUGGCUUCAAGACUAGGUCUGCCAGUGUCGACGACGCAAUGUCUGACUGGAGCAGUCAUGGGGGUAGCACUCAUGAACUAUGACUUAAAGGCUGUGAAUUGGAAGCAGUUGUGCUUUAUCUUCAUGGGAUGGGUCUUGACGCUCCCAGCUGCAGGAUUGAUUGGAGGACUCUUGUGCUUGAUGGCGUUGAACACUCCUCAUUUCUAGAAGACGUCAAAAGCGAUGCAUAGGCCGAUUGGAGCGACGGACACCUCGUCAGGAAGUAGCGUGAUGCGAGGAAAAUAAGAGUCUUCUCUGAUGGUCCUAGAUUCGGGACCGCUGUGCUUUCAAACAUAAAGGAACAAUACUGUCGAGUCCUCGUAUGCAGAGUGAGCGGAACCGAUCAGCUCAUCACAUGUCGCUUUUGGUGGGGCGGCUGCCUGCAGCAGUUCAUUGAGGUGAAGAUUGGUUGACAAAUCGUCGAGGCUACUUGUAUACCAGGAGGCGGAAGUUCAACUCUGAGAAGGACAAGUCUCGUAUAAUGCAGCAGAAGCCUCAAGGACCAUGAUCCUUGAGGGUUCACGGCUCAAGAUUGAUGGAAGGAGCAAAAGCAGGGUUCAACCUCGGCCGAAAGUGUUGGAUGGCUUGAGAAAAGUGUGGGGAAUGUUUACAAGAG